ACUAAGCACCUUGCAAGCAUUGACUUUUUAUUUAAGACAUUACACCUGAAAACUCUCUCCUCUUUUGCUCUGAUGCUCAUACAUAUAUCAGCCCUAUGGAGAGCACUAGAAUAUAACUUUGUGCCAUGUGAAGCCAAACUUAGUAGUUACUAAGAAUCUCCGAGAGAGUACCCAGAAUACAAUUGGUAAAUUUGUCAGGAUUUGCAUUUUUUUCAUUGCAUUAUGAGUUUAAUGGAAGCCACACAAGCAUAUCACAAUAUCACAGGUUCACAAUUCCAGUCAUGUCUUGUUUUACUGGAACUCCACCUCUGAACUGUGAAGCAAGAUACUGUAAUUACAAAAAAGGUUGCAACAUUUUUUGGAAUAUUUAUUGGCUGAAUACAUGCUGUGAGCCUCAUGCUGCCGCUACGCAGCUCCAAAAGCAGCCAUGUUCUGGGUUUAUUCUGGCCAAAGAUCUCAUCUUCCAUUUGCAUCACACCACAAGAUGAAACAGUGUCAUCACUCACAUAAUCCUGAUAUCCAGUGAUAAGUGAGCUUGGUGACUAUUCUGGUAUGUCUUUUCUUUAAUGAAGACAAAGAAAGAUGCCUUUAAUGACAUGGAAUUUGGACAAAACAGAGAAGCUCAUUAAAUCUAUGAGUCUUCCUUCCCUAGUGAGGAAGGAUUUUCCAUCAAAAUACUUUAAUUCUUCUGUAGACAUUUAAAACACAUUUCCAUUUUUAAAAUACAUUUUCAAAUAGCAGCGAGAAUUCAGCAGAGUUUUUGUAAUAGCCAUACCCUGUCAUACUGCAGGGUAAAUGAAUCACUUGACUUUGAGACUUCUAGGGCAAAAUUUACUUUAGUACCGUGUCCUCUCAAAUGUCUAGACCAGACUUUAUUGCUAAUAAUAGGUCAUAUAGAUGUUAGGUGUAUAUAGUUGUUCCUAUGGAUUUAGAGUUUCACAAACUGGGGAAAGAAAAUGUGCAUCAGAAGGUUUAUUUAGAAUGGGACAGACUUUUAAACACAAAGUAGAAGAUACAGAUGGCGGUUCUAUAGGAUGCUGUAUGAAGAUUAUUAAAAUUUAAGAUGAUGGUAUAUUCCAAUGGCAAAAGGACUUCUUCGCUCUUAGCUUAUAUUUAUAAUUUUACUUUUCAUGCCCUCCCCCAAAAAAAAUCAAAAAUUGAGAUUUUGCUUAUGUAAUCUUUUUGCCAGAACUUGGCAUCUGUGAUCAUGACUGGCUCGAUUUAACUCAUAAUUUCUUCUAAAAUUAUCAAAUGUAGUUACUCAGGAAUCUCAGCAGAUGAAAUGCUUCUUUUGGUGCUUUUUGUAGACAGCAUUGCUUUUCAGAAGUCCUCUCUGCUACAGAACGAGACACAUUUCACAAAGGUGAGCACAGUACUGAUUCGGACAUCCCCGAGCCCCGCGUAGUCAACCAUGUGUUCGUACAAGCUGCCGAGGGGGUUAGCUCCUCUUUUCCUCGCCAGCUCCUGCUAUGACAACCUUUUGCUUUUAUUUUCCUUGCUGCCGUGACUGCUCAGGGGACAAACUGCUGUCCCAUGAGUGGCGGGGCGAGAUGUCCCGGCCGCUGCGCAGAUCGCGGAGAGCGGGGUCCGGCCGCGCGGGCCGCCCGCCCCCGCCGGGACGCGGCUCCGUGAGGCGGGACGGGCGGCGGCGCCGCGCCCCGCCGGUCACUCGGCACUCGGCUCCCGCUGAGAGGGACGCGGUCCCCGCCGAGCCGGGCAGCGCCGGAGGCGAUGUUCCGCCUGUGGAAGGCCGUUCUUUCGGAGAGUGUCCUGGGCUACAUUUCUUGGUCUCUUUACCAUGCACUGCCACCAAUGAUCUACUACUUCCCUCUUCAGACACUGGCACUCACAGGCCUAGAAGUUUUUGCUGUUGCUUUCUUUUCCCCAGUAUUCUUGACAAUUGGCCCUUUUUGGAGGUUGGCUAACAAUGAGUAUGUCCUAGCCUUUCUGAGAUUGAUUAUGAUUGGAAGCUUAGCAUCAUACCAUGCACCAAAUGCUUCAAUUAGACUGCUCAUCUUGGCUGCUGGUGUUUCUUCUUCAUUGCUGGUUCAGACAGUAACAUGGUGGUCAGGAAACAGUUUGCAAAGGUUUGUCAGGAUAUGGGGCUUCAUGCUAGGCAAGAUAAUGCUCCUUGUUCUUCGUAUCUGGUACACAUCACUUAAUCCAGUCUGGAGCUCACAGGUUGCCAAUAGUGUUAUAUUGACAAUUGGUUUCAUAGCAGCAGUGGAGCGAAUUCAUUCAGGUGGAGACAAGAGGAAACAAGAAACAAACAAAACUGGUAAUGUGAUUAGAGAGACUGCUUCCCAUCCUCAUUGGUUUUUAUCAGGGAUUGCUUUUGGCAGCCUUAUGUUCCUCACUCUGUGGAUAUUUGGGGAGGUUUCGUUAAUUUCCAGAUGGGCAGUAAGUGGACAUCCACAUACAGGUCCAGAUCCUAAUCCAUAUGGAGGUACAGUUCUGUUGGGCCUUGCUCAUGGACUGAUGCUUUCAUUUUGGAGCUGGUCUUCUAUCAUGAGUUUUGCCUUGUUUCUUACAGGUUUGGCAUCUUCAGCUGGUCUCCUUUAUUUACAUACCUGGAGUGCUGCUGUUGCAGGCAACAUUCUUGGUAUCUUUACUAUGUGUGUGUGGCCUCAACUAGCUGGACGCUUUAUUAGCUGCCUGCAUCCUGGGAAAGCCAUGAGCACAGCCAUGUUUGCCUAUGUUCUUGAAUUGUUCUUCUGUGUAUGGUGUACAGCUUAUAAAUUUGUACCUGGAGGAGUUUACAUUAGAGAAAGCUCCCAUCUUCUUCUAGGUUUUAUAAUGUUAUGUAUUGGGGUAGACUUUCUAACAGGACCCAAGAAAGACCUUGGCUCUGUCUUUGAAGUGAAAAGCAAUCAAAAACCAUUCUUCAAAAGGAGUAAAAACUAUAUUAAACUACUGUUGUGGCUGUUUGUUGGUGUUGGUUUGCUUGGAUUGGGUUUACGUUACAGAACUUACCAGAAGAAGCUGGGCCAAGGGGUUCCAAAAAGAGAUUUCUCUGCUAUGAUCUGGCCUUUUAGAUUUGGAUAUGACAAUGAAGGAUGGUCUAAUUUGGAAGGAGCAGCUAAUUUGCUUAAUCAGACAGAAGCAGAUUUUAUCACUAUUAUAGAGAGUGAUGCCUCUAAACCAUUUAUUGGAAACCAUGAUCCAACCAUGUGGCUAGGAGAAAGACUGGGAUUUUAUACAGAUUUUGGUCCAAGCACAAGAGAUCACACCUGGGGGAUUAUGGCACUGUCCAGGUAUCCAAUUGUAAAAUCGACCCAUCACCUCCUUCCGUCUCCAGAGGGAGAGAUUGCACCUGCCAUCUCCCUGACUGUCAACUUCACAGGGAAGCUGGUUGAUUUUGUUGUUGCUCACUUCGGAAAUGAAGAAGAGGACUUGGACAGAAAACUCCAAGCAAUAACUGUUUCGAACCUGCUGAAGACUAGCUCUAAGCAAGUUGUGUUUCUAGGAUACAUCACUUCAGCUCCUGGAUCCAGAGACUAUACUGAAUUAAUAAAAAAUGGAAAUGUGCAGGAUAUUGACAGUACAGACCAGGACAGAUGGUGUAGCUAUAUUAUGUAUCGUGGAGUAAUAAGGCUGGGUUAUGCCCGCAUAUCUCAUGCUGGUUUAAGUGAUUCAGAAGUCCAGAUGGCCAAAUUUAGAAUCCCAGAUCAUGUGAAUAGCUAUGUUGACAAUGACAGAAUUGUCACUGAUCCCAGCCAGGUUCCUGAAGACAUCCAUUUCAAUCCCAGGUUUGGAUCUUAUAAAGAUGGACAUAAUUAUGUGCCUAUUCAUCACUUUCAUAUGAGCACUCCUAAAUAUUUUAAACAGACAAAUUAGAGCAAGAAAAUAAGAUUAUUAUUCAGACCAACAAGAAAGGUUUGUCGCUUGAAACUGAAUUGACAGCCAAAAAGACUACACUGUUUAAGGAUGAGCAACUGCCAUGCUGCACAACACUGUGAAUGUCUAUGUAAUAGCUGGUGACUGUCUUUGUGAAUGAGCUGCCAUCACUGUGAGGGAGGGAUGGACGCAUUUCGAUAAACUGGUGUAUCCACGUUGGCCAGAUACCUGCUUUGUAUGCAAUAAAGCAUGGGUGGGAACUUGCUUUGGCAACAACUUUUUCAGCUUUUGUGAUGGUAUCAUAUAUCAUGAUGUUUCAGAGUGCUAUUGCUGCUACUGAAAUAAAAAGAUUGACCUUGGGUUUUUCAAAAUAGGACUGGAACUAGUGUAUUUUUUAAUUGGGAGAUAUGCAGUAAGUAUGUGUUUGAAGUGUGCACCUUUUUGACUCAAACAGUAUUUAUAUCUGCUGCUAUUCUAUAUUUUAUUCUUAAAUGAGUUUUAUCACAAUUUGCAGAUAAUUGAUGUUCAUAAUGCUGGAGAAAAAGAGGUGACUUUUAUAGACUUCAUUUUAUUAACUGGACAUUAGACAUGCCAAUGCUUUUACAAAGGGAAGAGUAGAGUACCUCUGAAUAAGGAUGGUUAUGAGACACCCACAUGAACACACUGACAAAGAAUUAAAAACAGUCAUGCUCAACAUAACAAGUUUUCUGAGAAAGGAGAAAAGUUGGUUGUAACUUUUAUUUAAAAUGAACCAUAAUAAAGGGGGAAAAAAGAGCUUUGUUUCUUUGCUAGUGCU